AAGAACAAGUGAGACCAUUUGUGCUUUAGACAACAGCUCGUACAAGAAUCUGAACCACCAUGCUUGCAAUUUCUCUCGUGUCACGUGCCCGUUCCAUGACGUUGGCAUGUCCGACUUUGCAGCCCAUCAGACACAUCUCGUUUCUCAAACGGCUUCUCGUGUUGAAUGACAAUACCGAUUCCGAUUCUUCAGAAAAAAUAUAUCCCUGGGACGAGUCUCCGUAUGAAGACUUGAGGACCAGGGCCGCCUACAUCCGUUCCACCGCUUUAUGUCCCGUAACAGAAAAACCUGUCGAUUACGUUUGUCCCAUAUCAGGAAUUCCUACUCACCAUGAUCAUCAGGCGUGGGCAAAUGAUACCGAAUACCACAGCAAGGAGAAAUAUGAGUUGUUGAAGAAAGUAAACCUUUAUGAACACGACUUGAGAUCCGGCCGGGUAUUUGAUGAGUUUGUGUUUCCUGGAGCCCAAGAACAUGACUUCAUGACCAGUUUGAGUAACUGGGAUUCGUUUUUCUACACCAGAGACUUCAAUCCUAUGAACACGGAAUUUAACAUGGCAGCUGCCACCAAGGUGUUGACAUAUCCUAUCACCAUUGCGUCGGUGUUGCACAGAUUGACUCCCUAUUUCUUACAGCCCAAAGGACCUUUAUCGUUGGAAGGGUUGAAGUCAGUUGCAGCGUUGAAGUAUUCGCUCUACCCUCCGUACCAAAAACAUGAAGGUGCUAACGUCUACAAAGAAAGACCCAUCAGAAUUUUCAUUGUGGGGGCCAAAAUGGAGGCGAUGUUGCCUGGAUACGUGUGGAAACAAUUUGGAUACUUGUUUCCCGAAAGUAAAUUCGAAUUCCAUUUCAUUGGUCCCGAAUGCUACUUUGACAGAGCCACCAAGAGUUUUUCUGCCACCAAUGAACCCAACGGCAGGGCAUUAGUCGAAAGAUAUGAUGAACAGAUCACCUUACAUUACCAUACCAUGUACUUCCAUGAGUUGUAUAAUUUCGGUGACUUGUUCCCAUUUGACCCAUACUUAGAUGUGUUUUUCAUGUUCCACCCUGGCUUCCAGACUCCAGACAAGCCACACUGGGACAAGUCGUUGAAAGGAUUGUUGGAAUCCAAGUGUGCUGUGUACGUGACUGGAUACCAUCAAACCGACACAUUAAGAGAACGGGCGUGGUUAUUGAACCAUCCAUUGGCGGAAGAAAUGGACAUCUUAAUGGAUCAGACCCAGAAUGUGUUUGGGUCUACCAAGAUUGAUUUGGUUGACUCUAACCCCACCGAAACUUUCCAGGCCAACGAUGAGAUCUUUGCAUUCAGAGGAAAAAGAUACCAUGCCAUCAAGAAGUAACUUGUAUUAAAAACAUGUAAAUAGCUCCACCGUACUGUAACUAGCAUACAUAUAUGUGAUUUAGAAAUGGGUUUUUGUAGUCGCGCACAGAUUGCCAUCACUAAUACCAGCUAAUCACUAAAAUGAAUACUCCGUUUACACUUCAGCUUGAGGUUCAGGAGAUC